UGCGUCAGUUCAAACGGGGCUUUAUUUAUUCCGGGGUGAUUCAUCAUACCGCUCUUCUGACGUUCUUCUUCCUCUUAUCCUCCUCCACACUCUUUCUCUUACAACACCUGCAAAACACAUCACCAACUCAAAACUCAACCAACUCAACACCUCUCCUCUAUUCUGCCUUUUCCCAUCCUUUACCUAUCAUAUCCCAUCCGGGCAUCACAUCAAACCGCAUCAGAAAGAAACAACACCCAUCAUGGGCGCCCGAACAGGCUUCGGCCUCAAAUUCGUCCAGUGGUUCGUCCGCGGUAUCCAGUUCUGCUGCGCCGCCAUCGUCCUCGCCAUCUACUCCUACUUCCUCGCGACGCUGCACAACCACCGCCUGCCCAUCGCCACCAGCCUGCGCGCCGUCGAGGGCAUCUCCGGCGCCGGCGUCCUCUACACCCUGCUGGCCCUGCUGACGCUCUGCUGCCUCGCCGGCCACACCCUCGUCGCCUUCCUCGCCGUCGUGCUCGACGUCUGCUUCAUCGGCGCCUUCAUCUACGUGGCCAUUGCCAACAAGAACGGCGCCGGCACAUGCAACGGCGUGCUCGACACGCCCUUUGGAAAGGGUCAGUCGGAUGCCACCGUCAAGGCGCACAGCGGCUUCACCACGCUGCCUAGCUUCCACACUGCGUGCAGGCUGCAGACGGCCUGUCUCGCCGUUUCCAUCAUCAUAAUCUUCUUCUUCCUCCUCUCCAUCCUCAUGGAAUUCGCCCUCGCGCGCCACCACCGCAAGGAGAAGCGCUACGGCCCCAGCCCCCAGAACGACUACACGUCGGGCUUCGGCCGCCGCACCAGCACCAAGAACACGGGCUUCUUCGGCCGCAUCCUCGGCGGGCGCAAGGUCGUCGAUGCCAGCGAAGAGGGCAACAUGCUGCCCCAGCACCCGCAGCCCGACCAGCUGAACCACCCCCACGCGGACAGCAACGAGAUGUCGGCGAACCCUUACGUCCACACCGACUACAGCAACAAGUACGAGUCUGGGUACGGUUACUCGGGCGUCACGGGGCCAAAUGGCACUGCUACGACGACGACGACGACCAACACUGCGUAUGCUGGCGCCGGUGGGUAUGCGGCUCCGCAGGGCACGGCUGGAUAUGGUCAGCCGGUCAACUACCGCUACGACGACGGCAUCUACGACCAUGCUCAGCAUUAAAAGACGAGGCCAUUCGAGCUAUUCAAUCAUCUUAUCUCCAGGGAUGUAGCCACGGAACGCCUAAACGUGAGAAACGAAAUACCCCCCCAACAAAACAACAAAA